UUUUUUUUUUAAUUUUUUUAAUGUUUAUUUUUGAGAGAGAGACAGAGUGCAAGCAGGAGAGGAGCAGAGAGAGAGGGAGACACAGAAUCCAAAGUAGGCUCCAGGCUCUGACCUGUCAGCACAGAGCCCGACACAGGGCUCAAACCCACAAAACUGUGACAUCAUGGCCUGAGCUGAAGUCAGACACAACUGACUGAGCUACUCAGGAACCCCCUAAAUCUUUACUCUUAAUAAAAUGGUUGAAUAAAUGAUACAUAUGAUACAUAUACACAAUGAUACAUAUACACAACUAAGUAACAACACAAACUUGAAAAAAAAUGAGAUAGCUCUCUGUAUCACUGAACUGGAAAGAAAAAACAGCCACUAUGAAGUAUAAAAUGUAAACAAAACACUCUCUAUUUGUUUGUGAUUUUUCCAUAAUUUGAGAAAUUGAAAAAAAAAAGUGAUCGGGGAAAAUUAGAUGCUUUGCCUUUUCUAAGAAUCUCAAAUGUCUGAACAGGUGAACCCUCUCCCUCCCCAACCUACCAUAUCUGACCUCAACCAGUUUUCUACAUGCGCUACUACUAUACUCAUUUCCUCUAUAAAACUCAGUGGCUUCAAGAUAUCUUUUCUCCUUUCCAGAUAUAAAAACAGCAUUAAAAUGUAUAUAUUUUUAAUUUUAAUUACCCUUUAUCUCAUUACUAUAAUUUUUUCAUACUCCUGUGGUAGAAAUCCCUUGGUAUAAAUCAACAUUACAAAUCAGUGUUAUUCCACAUCUCCUGAACUACAAUCCCUUUCAAUUCUGAACAAGGAAUAGACACUUCUUUGACUAAAGAAUGUGUUUGUAUCCUACUACAUUCAUAAAUCUCAGCCUACCAAGUUUCACAACUCAUAAUAACAAAUGUGGGGGAAGAUUGAGGCUUCCUUCAUUAUUAUUUUCUGGAUUAUUACAUAGACCGAUGGAAAUAAAAUCAUAGCAUUGUGUUCACCCUCUUUCCCAAAUCUCCCUUGAAAAAUACUGGGUACACUUCAUUAUUGUUCUAUGUCAGGGGUCAAUAAACUAUGGUCUGCUACCUGUCUAUAUGGCCUGAAAGCUAAGAAUGGUUUUCACAUUUUUAAAUGACUGCGGGUAAAAUCAAAAGAAAAGUAGGGGCACCUGGGUGGAUCAGUCAGUUAAGAGUCUGAUUCUUGAUUUUAGCUCAGGUCAUGACCUCCCAGUCAUGAUAUUGAGCCCCAUGUCAGGCUGCACGAUGGGCAUGGAGCCUGCUUAAGAUUCUCCCUCUCCCUCUCCUUCCUCUCCCUCCUCCCCCUCCUCUCCCUCUCCCCCUCCCUCUCCCUCCCUCUCUCUCCCUCUCUCUCCCUCUCUCUCCCUCUUCCCUUUCCUCACAUGUGCUCCCCCCGCUCCCAUCAAAAAAUACAUGUAUUUUAUGACAUAUGAAAUUAAAUUUUCAGUGUCCAUACAAAAAGUUUUACUGGAACACAGCAAUGGUCAUUUGUUUGGUAUUGUUUAAUGCUGUUUUCACACUACAAAGACAGGGGCAAGUAUGAGCCUCAAGGCCAAAAGUACAGCUUAUCUGGUUCUUUACAGGAAAGAUUUGCCAACCCCUAUGUUCUGUGUCACAUUACAUGCCCUACAUAAUUUUAUACUUUUAUCUAAACAUUCUCCAGCCUUUCCUUCCAUAUUCAGCAUAAAGUCUUGUUAAUUAUCUAUUACUCUCCAAGCAAACACAUUCUUCAUAGACCUUUGAAAUGCACUUCCUCCUGGGAAUGUCCUUAGUCUAACCACAUCCCUGAUCACCUACAAACAGAAAACCAGAAUGGAGUGCUAGAAACACCUUAAAAGUUACAAAUGAACAAAUCAAAACCAAAACCAAACUUCACCACCACCAGCCACCCUCCAAGGUGAAGCUAAAGAGGUUAACUCCCCAGUUAGUGGCUUUCAAACUACCCUAUCUUAGAAUUGAGGCGUUGUGUAAACUAAAUUUUACCGCCACUAAAAUUCCUAAUGGUCAAACAGCAAGGAGAAAAAAAAGUAAAUGUUAAUUUCCCAAGUUUAAUACUCUUCAAAUCACUGGCUACCAGAAAAAGAAAAAAAGGGUGGGGGAAGUAGACCAAUUAUAUGUAGUAUGCAUGAUCCUAAAUCCCUACAUUUGAUAUUUUCUGCAAGUAAAUCGUCUCUGGCGCCCUGGAGUAAAAGGUUAAAUCUUGCACUGUGUUUGUAGACAAUAUCACAACUUACAUAGGAACAAGAUAGGCCGUUGGGCCAUUUCCUCCUAUAGGGUACACCAAAAUUUGCCCAUCUCUUUCAGUCAGCAUUCUGCAUACCAAGUGUUGGGGGAGAAGAGGCGGGACAAGCUGCCUUUUCUAUGAACAAUAUCAGACACUCCUAGCACUAACUCCUCCCCAGCCUCAUCACACCUCUACCCUGCACUAGGUCCUCCCCAGCUCCAUCACCUCUAUUCAGGACCUCCUCCCCAGUCUCAUCAUACCUCUAUCAGCAGAGCCUUCCUCCAAAGUCACAGGCGUGCAAAGCUUCCAGUAACAGAAGAGGAAAGCAGGAAGGCUAUAAUGCAAAAGUCUGGAGUUCCCACACAAGCAUCAUCUGCUCUUUGGGAAGAUCUCAAGUCAUAGCCCGAAAAGUGAAAAGAAAUGGGACUUGGCUCGCACCCACUUAACAGGUGUUUACCGCACACUUGCUAGAGGCUGGGCAGCGAGCGAAGAGCUUAGGAUAGAAAGGUGAGCAGCAGAAUGGCAGCUCUCCCGGGGCUCCCACUCCACUGGGGGAGGUAAACAAUGUCUUUAAAGCCCGCCUAGGAAUGCGAGGAGCAUUUGAAGCCCACGGCAGGGACAAUUUACCUAAUCCUGUAAUGUUAAAAGGCUAAAACUCAACCAGUCGGAAGUGACGUGACAGCUGAAACUUGCAGGUCCGCCACGUAACUGGCCGCCGCCUCAGCUAGCCACCUUCUCCCUGGACUGGCCUGAAGAGAGGAUAAGUGUAGCUCAAAGUCCGCAACCACCCUUGCCCUGCCCCCAGCGGCUCCCAGUCCCACCCGGGACCAGCAAGCGUGGCCAGAGCCGGGGCCCGCAGCCCGAGUGGGACUGCAGCGGUCUCUGGCACCCAUCGGCGCCCUGCGGGCAAUGGGGCUUCAGCGCUCAACCAGGCGCAUGCGCGGCCCUCUUUCUCCUGAGGAUUCCUCGGGUCACCUGAACGACCGCAUUUCGGCCACCUGCCCCUCCGGGUCCCUUCUCGCUCUUGAUUCCUCCAGCUGUUUCUCACCUCUGACCCCCUCCUUCUCCUUCUCCGCAGGCACUGCUAGGCCUUGCGGCGGCCGCCAGCCGACACCAAGGCUUCCACUGACACGAGCCUCUCGGCGCGGCUUCCGCUUCCGGCGAGUAUUGUGUGUCGCGCUGCGGGGCGGGGGCGGGGGGAGGAGGAAGGAGGGAGGCAGCGCUCCGGCGGCUCCGCGCCCCGCACUCCCGGACCUGAAGCCGGGAAGGUAGGUGCUGUCCCGCUGCCGCGCCCGGGCCCUGGGGCCUGCCCCCGCCGGCCGGCUCGGCACGCCGCGUCCCAGCGCCCCGCGACUGCGUCACCGGCCCCCCGCACGUAACCACAGCUGCCUCCGCCCGCCUCGGGCCCGGGCGGACGUUUUGCCGCCCCGGCGACGUCAGCGCGUCCGGCGUUGCUUGGCUACCCCGCCGUUCCCCCGUCCCGCUGCCGCUCGCCUCCCCGGGUGAAACUCUGACGCCGUCACCGCGGGCCUCGGCUGCGUCAUAGCGGCGGGCAUCCCACCUUCACGUCACACCUUCUCCUCACCUGGACACGCAUUCCUCCCUCCCUGUCAACCACGACGUUUCCUCUCCCCUUCUCCAAUCCCCCUACGCCAGAUCUGGCGAGAGAAGAUGGAGACGAGGGUGGGCAUGAGUUGUGGACGACGCUCAGGAGAGGGUCGCAAGUUAAAUAAUGGCAGAAACAAGUCUGUUAGAGGCUGGAGCCUCUGCAGCCUCCACAGCUGCAGCUCUGGAGAAUUUACAGGUGGAGGCGAGUUGCUCUGUCUGCCUGGAGUAUCUGAAGGAGCCUGUCAUCAUUGAGUGUGGGCACAACUUCUGCAAAGCUUGCAUCACCCGCUGGUGGGAGGACCUAGAGAGGGACUUCCCUUGUCCUGUCUGUCGAAAAACAUCUCGCUACCGCAGUCUCCGGCCUAAUCGACAGCUAGGCAGCAUGGUGGAAAUUGCCAAGCAGCUCCAGGCUGUCAAGCGGAAGAUCCGAGAUGAGAGCCUCUGCCCCCAGCACCAUGAGGCCCUCAGCCUUUUCUGCUAUGAGGACCAGGAGGCUGUAUGCUUGAUAUGUGCAAUUUCCCACACCCACCGGGCCCACACCGUCGUGCCACUGGAUGAUGCCACACAGGAGUACAAGGAAAAACUGCAGAAGUGCCUGGAGCCCCUGGAGCAGAAAUUGCAGGAGAUCACCCGCUGCAAGUCCUCUGAGGAGAAGAAGCCUGGAGAGCUCAAGAGACUAGUGGAGUGUCGCCGACAACAGAUCUUAAAAGAAUUUGAAGAGCUUCAUAGGCGGCUGGAUGAAGAACAGCAGAUGUUGCUUUCACGCCUGGAGGAGGAGGAACAGGACAUUCUACAGCGCCUCCGAGAAAAUGCUGCUCACCUUGGAGACAGGCGCCGGGACCUGGCCCACUUGGCUGCUGAGGUGGAGGGCAAGUGCUUACAGUCGGGCUUCGAGAUGCUUAAGGAUGUCAAAAGUACCCUGGAAAAAUGUGAGAAGGUGAAGACCAUGGAGGUGACUUCAGUGUCCAUAGAGCUGGAAAAGAACUUCAGCAAUUUCCCCCGACAGUACUUUGCCCUAAGGAAAAUCCUUAAACAGCUAAUUGCGGAUGUGACCCUGGACCCAGAGACUGCUCACCCUAACCUAGUCCUGUCCGAAGAUCGUAAGAGCGUCAAGUUUGUGGAGACAAGACUCCGGGAUCUCCCUGACACACCACGGCGAUUCACCUUCUAUCCUUGUGUCCUGGCUACUGAGGGCUUCACCUCAGGCCGACACUACUGGGAGGUGGAGGUGGGUGAUAAGACCCACUGGGCAGUGGGCGUGUGCCGGGACUCCGUAAGCCGAAAGGGCGAGCUGACUCCACUCCCUGAGACUGGCUACUGGCGGGUGCGGCUGUGGAACGGGGACAAAUAUGCAGCCACCACCACGCCUUUUACCCCUUUGCACAUCAAGGUGAAACCCAAACGGGUAGGCAUAUUCCUAGACUAUGAGGCCGGCACACUGUCUUUUUACAAUGUCACAGACCGCUCUCAUAUCUACACCUUUACUGAUACUUUUACUGAGAAACUUUGGCCCCUCUUCUAUCCAGGCAUCCGUGCUGGUCGGAAGAAUGCUGCACCACUUACAAUCAGGCCCCCAACAGAUUGGGAGUGACAGGUAGGGAUGUGGGAAUAAUUGGGGUGAGUCAGGGUCAAGAGCUAUGGGCCUUCCUUCCUGUGACCUGCUGGAACGUCUUCGUGUCUGCCUGGUUCCAGUCCUGCACUGUUUAGGAGAAGCACCUUGGUUUCUAGAAUGGUUUAUAUGGAGGAGUAUGUAGGACUGGUCUGGGAUGAGCACACAGCUGUCUCUCUCCUAACCGUCAGGGUGGGGAAUUAGUUCCCAGGGGUUAUCUCCCCUGAAGUCCAUCAGGUUUUCUAUUGCACAUGGAUAGGUUAGGAAGGAAGGAGAGGCUUUUCCAGAAACAAAAAGUCUGUGAGAGGGUCUGACUUGCUCAAAACCAGAAGAGGAAACAGAAACCCCUGUAUGUUCUUUUAAGGGGUUCUUAUUUGUUGAGAAAGAUCAGAGGGGUCUGUGUACCUCUAGACUAAAAUAAAGAUGAAUGAUAGUUGCUCUUGUGGGUCUAGAAGUUAAGGAGUUUUUUUGUUUGUUUGUUUUUUGUUUUUGAGAGCAGAGAUUGGGCAUCAAGAAGAUUAGAAAGGAAGUUGGGAAAGGGGCUAAAGGAACAGAUUCCUAACAGGGUUUCUUUGGUCUUCUAUUCCCAGAGUAAGUUGCCAUUAUGAGUAGGAUUGGCCAGAGGUAGGAAUGUGGGGAGGAGAGGGUGAGAAGUAAUGAGAGGAGAACCCAAGUCCCUGCCUCAGCCUUCAGCAAAGCUGGCUUAUUGCCUGUCUCCUUAGAGUUGGUUGUCUCCAAGAAUCGGUCAGUCACCUUUCUCCUGCAGAGGUGAGGUGCCAGAGACCCCUCAAGACAUGUCUACCCUUUCACUGCUUUCCCAAGGGGACCUGGAAAGGACAGUCAAGUAUUAGAGGAAAGAGAAAGGUAUUUCUAUCCAAAGCCCUGGCCUUAAAGAAUGUUACUAAGUAUCUGCUCCCAAGUUGUCAGCCUUGUUACUUGGCUAAGGUGUCCAAGCCAAAAAGGGAGAAGGAAAAUGGAGUCUUCCUCACCCUGAGGACAGGGUAGAAGACAGGGUAUGUAGAGCAAAGUGUCACAUAGGCAACCUCCUUUAGCCUAUGUUCAUAUGGCCUGGAACUAGUGUUCACAAGAGCCAGUCUCUUGCAUAUUUGUUGCCAUCCUUCACCUUUUGCCAUUUCCCCUAUCAGAGAAUGUAAAUCAUUUUAACAUUAGGCCAAAAUAAACAACUUGUAGGGUACAUAUGUUGUCAAAAAAGGUUAAAGCGAUGCAUGCCAAACCAAACUAAAAUGAUUUGGAAUAUCUGCUACUUGGGUGAUCAGGGAUUCACAGAAGAUUGGGACAAGAAACUGCAGUUUAUUGAGAGUGUUUCACUUCCUCCUACCACCUCAACAGGACUUUGUCCAGACUCUCCUCUUACCUUUGUGCCUUGACUGUGGUUCUUUGUGGCAAGAUGCUUUGGUUGGUAAAACAUAACAUGGAACAAAGGAUCCACUGAAGUGA